AUGACCGAACCUUCCAUGGAGCAAUCUCCACCCCCAGAAGCUGCUUACAUACCAUUCAAGAGUUUGCCCAGGGAGAAAUUCAAACGUCUCAUAUCCUACUUUUCUCCCGACGAUGAGGAAUCUUUGCGCCAGCAGAUUCCAGAACUUCCUCACCGAAAACCGCCUCCAGUUGGACGAUUGGAGAAAGUAUUUCCGCAGAUCGGUGGGGCUUUUCUAUUUGGAUUUAGUGCAGGCGGCGCUUACGGCAUCAUGGAAGGCAGAGCGUCCAUUCGCAGUCUUCAAGGCAGAAUUCGACUGAUGCAGAUUUUAAAUAACUUUCUGAAACGAGGAAAAUCGUGUGGCAAUAAGCUGGGAGUGAUUGCGUUGCUUUACUGCACGGUGGGAGUGCUCCUGCAAUUAACUCGCUCGGGAGAAGAUGACGCGUGGAACUCCGUUGCUUCAGGUGGGAUAACUGGUAUGAUGGUAGGAAGUUCCAAAGGACUCCGACAAGCUGCUGCUGGUGGAGCUAUCGGCAUAGCACUUAGUUCAUUGCAUGUUCUGAUCGAUCGAAUUGAAUGGUACAAACCAACCGCAUCAUCGGUUUUGGCGGAAGCUCUUCCAAAUUUGUUCCGCAAGCCAGUCGAGACAAAUGAUUCAAUCCGAACCCAUUCCUUGCAGGGUCUGCUGGCCGUUUCCCACAAGAGUUUCACACCUACGGAACUUCGGGAAGCCUUGUCCGGAUUGCUUAAUCCUCUACAGUUGUGGCUACAGGGGGCUUCUGUUGUGCACACGCGGAUGUAG